GCAGCCGCCGGCGACCAUUUUGAAUUCUGUAGUUUCUUUUCGGCGUCGCUCUCGCCAGCCAUCGAAUCUAUAAUUUGAUACUGUUACGUUUUGCAUUUCAUGAGAACAUAUUAAUCUUGUUCUUGUUCAAACCUAUAUUUGUAAUUAAGUCUUCAACCUAAAAUGGCCAACCGAAGACCUCCUCCCAGUGGACGACGUAUGGACUUCAUGCGAAACGAUCGAGGAAAGAACUUUCGCCCGGGCGUGUCACCAUGGCAGGGGGGAGCACCAGGCAACGAUAUUCCCAAUUUGUUACCUAUAACUGGUGGCUCAACUGAAGCUACUCUUGCCUUGGCGAGCAACAUCAUCAACCUUCUUCAGCCCCGUCAAAACUCAGUCCCGUCUUUACUUGACAUGCCUAUUCGUCGUGACUUUGGUCCACCUAUGGGACGGUUUGAUCGUGGAUACCCACCUAAUCGGAUGGGCAAUCAAGGUAAUUUCCGGCGAACGGGAAAUUACAACCGCUCUGGUGAGCGUAUGAACAGCAAUCGUAAGCCAUUCAGGCCCAAUGAUGGGCAAAGGCAACAAAACAAGAGUUCCCCGAAAAAGGAUGCCGACUCUAAAAAUAAACCCAAGGAGAGUGAACAAGAAAAGGAGAAGUCUGAUGGUACUGAAAAAGUGGAAGACAAGCAAGAAGAGAAGAAAGACAGUCAAAAGACCAGAUAUGAUGAUAUUAAUCAGCAACUAUUGAGGUGCCAUAUCUGUAACAAGAGUAUGUGGGAUGGAAGAUCUUUUGAAAAUCACCUAAGUGGGCGGGCUCACUCCAUCAUGAUGCAAAAGACAGUUGAGAGCUAUGCCUUGACUGCAGAUACUAUGAGACAGGAGUUUAAGAUUCGCGACAUGAAACGCAACCGUAAAUCGGGGCAGCAACCGAACCGCGACUUCUACUGUGCUAUGUGUGAUAUGUAUGCAGCAGAUGGAUCUGGUCAUCGCACCACUGUCGGCCACCGCAAGCUGAAGAAAUAUCUACACCCCACUUGCACUGCCUGUCAUAAGGAAAUGCCUACUAGAAUUGAGCUGGAUGAGCACCGUUUGACUCCAGAACAUCUUAGGAUGAUACAGGACAAGCAAGAUGUCAGUGGAAAGCUGAAACCUGAAGGUAACAAAAAGAAAUUCCAUCCAGCUCCAUGGCUUACGGACGAUAUUAAGUUAUUAUUAGAGAAGAAAAAGAUUUUAAAAGCCAAUUACCAGGCAAACAAAUCUGAAGUGCUCGGGGAAGAAUACAGACAGAUUCGCAAUCGAUGCAAUAUUCUAUGUAGAGACGCGCAACGCCGCUUUGAGGCUGGCGAUUCAGUAAUGAUGAUUUCGAACCUGCAAGCAGAGCAACAAUACCUCCGUGACGAUAGAGAUCGCCAGCGCAAUCGGAAGCAUAUGGGAGACAAGGGAAAAAAUAAGGCAGAAAAAGAAGUAGAAGAAGGACAGGAAAAAGAAAAGGAAGAUGGUGAUAAAGAAAAGGUAGAUGGUGAUAAAGAAAAGGUAGAUGGUGAUGAAGAAAAGGCAGAUGAAGAAGUGAAAGUGAAAGAAAGCAUCGAUAAGGAGGACACAAUUCUAGACUACACUGAGGGUGAAGAUCUUACUAACAUAACUGAUGACAAAUACCCUGUUUAUAGCACUGAACGCGGCGUGGGCCGUUCAUUCCUUUCUGAAUUCAAAUGCUUCCAAUGCCAACUCUGCAAGAAGCUCCUUGACUCGGAGGAAACUGCCGAAGUACAUCUUCGUACUUGGAGGCACCACCAGCUUUUCGUGAGGUUACUAAAUGAGAAAAGUGGUAAAGACCAGACUAUAGAAACCCGCGAACCAUUUAAGCGUCCUCACAACAUAGAGGAGUCCGGCAACUGGAAGCGUCGUAAGACCUCUCCAGAGCCAAACGAUUCCGAGGAAGCGGCUGAGAAUGGUCAUAACGCUGCUAGUGUUAAAGAGGAGAAAGCCGAUGACGUCGACAUGGAGGGAGAGGCUAUUGGCGAGUCGGAAUCACCAAAAGCCGACGAUCUCGAAGACUGGGUCCAGAGUGUUGACGAGCUACUUGAGGAAGUCGACAAUGAUAAUGAUGCCUCAGCCGAGAUAAAUGAAAAGGACGUAGAAAAGGAAGAUGCUGAUAAACAGCCAGAAUCUAAAAUAAAAGUUGAAGACAAUACAAUAACAGAUGAAGAAAUCGAAAUAAAAAGCGAAGUAAUGUCAGAAGAAGAAAAUCCUCCAUCAAAGCGUGUCACUAGAGGGCGUGGACGUGGACGACGCAGGAAUUAAUAAUACUAAGAAUAAUAUAGUCAUUUGCAGAUCUAGUUGGCUAGAAGUUGUAAUAAUUAUUAUUAAGCUAUCAAGAGACAACUUAUAAAAUGGUUACAAUAGCUACAUUUUUUGGCUAUAUUUUUUAUUAUUACUUAAUUCAUGUGAAAUUAAAUAUAUUUGGUUUCAGUCUCCUAAUUACAUUGUAAUUUUUUCUUUCAAAUUAGUACUAUUAAUAAGUAUCUCUCUUAUAUUAUUAAAAAAUUAAUUGAAUGUAGACUCGAACUUUUUUUUAUUGCAUAGAGUUAUGUUAAGUAUGUAGUUAAUGGACUUCAACCAAAAUAAAAAAAAGAAGUAGGUGAUAAAUGUUCUUGGUCUAUAUUGGUCAUACGAGAUAUCUCAAAAACUUGUAAAUGCUAGUUUUAUGUGUGGCUUUGUCGAAACAAGCAUCUAUUAUAUUCAAACUUAUUUUUUAUAGACUAAAAUAGGUUUUAGAUUAUCAAACUAAUAUACUAUAAUUGACAUUAACAUUCGGAAUUUUCUUUACAAUUGUAAAAAAUAGAGAAGUAAGAGCACCUUAGAUGACGUAUUUAGGUUGAAUUUAUAUCUGAUGAUCAUCUUUAACAUAGCUGUAGGUAUAGUCGACGCAUUAUGCACUGAGGCUUCGGGGUCUCACUCGCACUUCCAGGUCUUGUGGAGAUGUGCAUAUGGAUAACGGGAUAGGUACGAUCGAUACGCAAUAUUAUGUUAAGUAUUAAUAGGAAUAAUUUUUCUCUAUCUGAAAAUAAAAGAUAAAUGCCAGCAUUUAA